CCCGGUGUGUGUAGGCGGCUGCACGUGAGUCACCGUGAUGGCCAGCAGCUCUGAUGUGGUGAAGAAAAUCAUGCGGCUCAAACUUCAGCUCUCAGACAGAGCAGAGCCUGCUACGGUUCUAAAGAUCUUGCAGAAACUCAAAGAUCUGGAUAUCACUUUAGACAUUCUUGCGGAAACUGGAAUUGGCAAAACCGUUAACUCCUUGCGCAGACAUGAACAGGCUGGAGAAUUGGCCAAGUCUCUGGUAAAAGGCUGGAAAAAACUGCUCACCAAAGAAUCCACAAGCCAUGGAGAAGAUGGGAGUUUGUCAGAGAGCCUUUCUGUUAAAGACAAACUCGAUGAUCAAGGCUGCCCAAAUAAUGGAAGACUGGCGAUGGACAAUGUAAAUGGUAAUGAUUUAACAUCUAAUCAUAGUAAGAAUUGGGAUUCUUCAGAUGAGGCCAACUUCAAAAUGGGGAAAAGGGAUUCACAGAAAAGAAAAAUGGACCACAAAAGACACCAUGAGGAAACUGAAGAAAACCAGGAUGUCUUCCAGCACGACACUUUACCACAGAAGGACAAAAUGGCCAAGAAGAAGAAAAGCGAUCAGAGCGACAGAAAAUUCGAAGAUGGUGAUACUCUGCUUGGAAACAAAAACUCUGAAGAUGACCAACGAAAAUCCAAAUUUGAUUCCAGAGAGAAAAGCACUUCUGAGAGUGGGAGAUUUGGGUCAGAGGGGGAGUCGAAUACAAAAUCAAAGCUGUCAAAAGAGUCAAGGGAAGGCAAGGAAGAUGACAGAAUGUCAGGAAUGCUGAGAAGCCCAGAUGUCCAAAAGAGAAGAGAAACAAAGCAUGCCACUUCACUGGAAUCUGAAAGGGAAUGUUCAAAACACAAAAAGGCAAAAAUGAAGGAGGACAGUAAUAAUAAUCAAGAGGAGCCUUCUAUGUCUUUUGAGUCCUACUUGAAUUAUGAUGUGAAUGUUUACAAGAGAAAGGAGAGAUCUGGUGGGAAGAAACCUCCCAGAAAACUCAAGGCGGUUGCCAAAGAGCCACCAAUAAAAGAUCCUGCAAUGAAAAAUACGGCGUUGGCUCCAAAACAGAAGUUCCUGGAGCCUGUAAUGCACCUGAUGAACAUUCCUUUACCUGCUGCUUUACCUGAAUGUGAAAAGCCUUCCAGUUUUGACUACUUUGAAAGGAAAGUUGAGAAGGAGCCUGACUUCUGCGACGUCUCCGAGGAGUCGGCAGUCUUCAACGGCCAGCGACUUAACAGGAAGAUGCAGGUGUACUCUGGUGCCAAGACUGUCUUUCUCCCAGCUAUGCUGAGCUUGUACCAACAGUGUAUCCGCACACUCCAGAACAACAUUAACUUGCUUUAUGAAACUGGUGGAGUCCCGUUUGAAAUCCUUGAGCCCGUGUUGGAGAGGUGCACCCCGGAGCAGCUGCAACGCAUCGAAGAAUGUAACCCAGUCUACGUUGGUGUGACGGACCAUUUGUGGGGAAAACAUUGUCAGAGGGACUUCAAGGACUCCAAACUUCAAGAGUAUGAAUCGUGGAAAGAGAUGUACCUCAGGCUGUCUGAGGAGAGGGAAAAAAAACUGCAAAGACUGACAAAAACGAUUGUCUCAGCGCAAUCAAAGAAACCCAAAGGCCGGCAGGUGAAGAUGGCAUUUAUUCACACUGUUGCCAAGCCACCGAGAGACGUGCGAAUUCAGCAGGAAAUUCAUGGUACGGCUGUUCAGCAGCCUCAUCAGCACAAGAGCAGCGUCAAGGUUCAGGACAACCGAUCGAAGCAGAGUUGUAAUGAGCCCAACAGGUCCAGCAGCACCAGUUCAGGAGGAACCGCUACACAAGAUGCUCGCAAAAAAACAAGAGUGGCUCCAAUGAUGGCAAAGUCCUUAAAGGCAUUUAAGAAACAGCUAGGACGUAGAUAGAUCUUAUAUGAUGGUAUUUACUGUGUGUGGAUGUGCAGAACAUGUACUCGGUCA